GGAUGCAAGGGAGGGCCAUAUAAGGAUGGACCGAGGCGCCCGUCAAAGGUCCAGAGUAGACGCCUCCUUUUCAGCAUCCGUCUGACUGCCACAGUGCCACUCGCUCGAGUCUUACACUCCUUUACGCUUGCAAGUCCAUCACAACACGCGCACAGUCACCACAGGAUACACCGGGGCUAACGGGCGUCUACCUUAGGUUCAGAACCAAGAUGCGAAUCACAACCUUGACGGCCACCGUGCUCGCCACGGCCUCGGUCGUGUCGGCAGACGUCCUCACCAUCCUGGCACGGGCCCAGUGGACCACGUGGACGCAGCGGUCCAACGCCAUCUGGCACUUCAACAACGGGGAGGAGCACCAGUUCAGCGCCAACGAAGGUUGCCGGGGCAACCCAGUACCGGGUGUCCGCGAGAUCUGCAUGGACUGGAGCCGGGUGCGCGCCCACUUCUGGGAGGGCAACAGGAAGCGCUGCUUUCAGGAGUGGAACGAGCGCACCGUCGGGUCUUGCGCCCCGUACGGGGAGAGCUGGGGCACCGUCUGCUCCAUCCACCGCUGGCACGAAGUCGGCUGCUCGUGGUGAUGUAUCAGGCAUGCUUGGUCCAGUUCACGGCGGCAGUGGCUUGAUUUCCUGUGUAUAUAGUUCGACGUGAGCUUGGGGGCUGGCGGUCAAGCUGUCCUGUAGUUCUUUGACUCCCUGUUACGCUCUGUAUAAGCGACCUGUUGACUCUUGUGCGGACUCGUGUAGCCGAUUCGGCGUUAUAUCAAGUCUGCGUUGAAGAAGAGAAACGGGAC